CCUACAAAUACGCCAUUGAUUCUCAGCGUCCUCCCCUGCGACUUGCAAUUCAAAGUCUUUUCCUCCCUGCUUCGUUCUCCUUCGAGAAACUGAAGAUCCGAGGGUUGGAAAGAUUCAGCUCCUCUGGUCUUUCAUUGACCCAUUGUUCUUCGAAUUUCAUUGUUGAAAUCUUUCUUUUGUUCUUUCCCUCUCUCUCUCUCGCGGGAUCCAGCUUUGAUCCAUUGAUUUGAGCUAGAUUGAGGUGUGAUUUUGACUCGAGGGACGUAUUACCUCCAUGGGAGAAGCUCCAGCUCUCUUUGUAGAUGAUCUGCACUGCGAAUUGUCAAACGGGUCUGCAUUAGAAUCCAAAGGCUCACAGACGACUACCAUAGUGGGUGAUAAAACAUAUUCGAUUGGUGGCAAUGAUGACCAAUCAACAUCGACAAUUCAAGUCCGGAUAUUCGACAAAUCUACAGGAAAAUGGACAAUCCCCACCGUGUUGGGAACAGAACCACAGCAGUGUAAGGUUCAUUCGGCUGUGCUUUUAAAUGGAGAGCGAAUACUAGUUCUUAAGGGGGGCUCCACUCCUGAUGACUGUGCUUGGUUCCUUGAGGUGAACACUGAGUUCGUUAGAGAGCAGAGGAAAAAUUUUGAGACUGAGGUAGUUGCUUGGAGUAGGGGAGUGAUAGGUGAUGCCCAAAAACCCAUUGUUAUCAGCGGUCCUUCAGGGGUUGGCAAGGGUACAUUAAUAACCAAACUCAUGGAGGAGUUUCCAUCCAAUUUUGGGUUCUCUGUAAGCCACACAACCCGCAGUCCAAGGAACAAGGAAAAAGAUGGGGUCCACUACCAUUUCACCGAUCGAACUGUUAUGGAAAAAGAGAUUAAAGAAGGGAAAUUCCUUGAGUUUGCUUCUGUUCAUGGAAACCUCUAUGGGACGAGUAUUGAAGCUGUGGAAGUGGUUGCAGAUGACGGAAAGAGCUGCAUCCUUGACAUUGAUGUCCAAGGGGCACGGUCUGUGAGGGCUAGUUCUCUUGAAGCUAUUUUUAUCUUUAUCUGCCCACCAUCAUUUGAGGAGCUAGAGAAGCGCCUUCGUGAAAGGGGUACUGAAACAGAAGAACAGAUCCAAAAGCGACUUCGAAAUGCUAGGAAAGAACUUGAGCAGGGACAAUUAUCAGAACUUUUUGACCACAAACUGGUGAAUGAUGAUCUGGAUACUUGUUAUGAGAAUCUUAAGAAACUAUUGGGUCUUGAUCAAAAUAUUGUCUCCGUCCCUAAAUCAUUGCCAGAAUUUGUAGAUCUUCCUGUGGAGCAUUCUGUGUCAAAGAUUGAUCAGAACAUCAUUGUAAUCCAUGGAUCUUCAGAACUCAAAAAUGCUUCAAAAAACAUGCUUCUACUUGAUUUAUCUUCGCUUAAAGGUGGGGCGCCUGGUCGGACAAGGGGACUAAACAUGUACUCGAGAGACCCCUUAGCAAAUGGCAUGGAUGGGAUAAGCAGCUGAGCUGAUGACUACACCAUUCUUAACUUUUAACUCCCUAUACCCCUUGAGAUUCUACAUUCUAUGGUUUAUUCUAGAGGAUUAAGUUUACAGAAGCGAUCCUUCAAUAACCAUUUCUGUUCCAUUUUUCUGCAUUUUUUGUUUCGAGAAGAAGCAGCAGCAGCGCACCAACAAUUCUUUCCAUUUACACUAGAAAUGAGAGAUCAUUUACCAUUCUUGCGGCCUAUGAACAUCAAAGGCAAGAUAUGUCAACUACAUUUCCUAUGCCUUCAAUGUGGAAGGAUGCUUGACACAAUAGAUGUGUUCUAAUCGUUUACUAAGAUCAGUUGAAUUCUGCUUGAUACUUCUUGAUACAGGAAUGCAAUUUCUGUUUCUCAUUUCA